UGAUAAGAAGACCAAGUAGAGCAAUAAGACAAAAUAAGGACAAGAAAAAGAAAAAAAAGCGACAAAAUCUAAGAGAUAAAAAGACAAAGUCCACUACAACUCCAAACAAUAUAAGGUAAGGUAGUAUGAUAGUUCUCGGACCGAUCCACGAAACUCCCUCAAAACCCUUUCUUUCUACAACCUUUCUUCACUAUAUAUCACCAUAUUCCUCCUCACUCUACUUCACACUCACACACAUAUACAAAAAAUCAAUAGGAUUGUUAUUAAGUUAAUUAGGAUUGAAGAUGGCUACUAAACAAGAAACUUUAGCCAUAAAAUCCAUAAGCCAACACCUUCUCACAGAUUUUGUUUCCACAGAAACCAUAGAAAACCAAACCCCUAAACCAAACUCUACUCUUAACCGACGUAAACCGCCUUUACCGAAUCUAUCCGUUUCAAGAACGGUCUCUUGCACGAUAAAGAAGGCAGAGGAAGAGGAGGAGGAGGAGAAAAGACACUACCGUGGAGUGAGGAGGAGACCAUGGGGAAAAUACGCGGCGGAGAUUAGGGAUCCUAACAAAAAGGGUUCUAGGCUUUGGCUUGGGACUUACGAAACCCCCGUGGAAGCUGCAAGAGCUUAUGACCAAGCGGCGUUUGAGUUGCGUGGGAGAAAAGCAAUCUUGAAUUUCCCUCUAGAUGUGAGGGUUAGUUCCGACAGUUGUUUUGUCGGAUUAGGGAAACGUAAGAGGGUUAAGAGUUUCCUAGCUGAGGAGGAGACGGUGCCGGUUAGGGUUAAAGUUGAGGAAAAUGAGGCUGAGGUUGAAGCGGUUCCUUUGACGCCGUCAAGUUGGAAGGGGGUUUGGGAUGUGGGAGCAGGAGAUGGGAUCUUCAGUGUUCCUCCGUUAACUCCGACGUCUCCCAACUCCGUUACUUGAACUUCUGAAUUUGUCAACGGUUAGGAGUGUAAUUGUCAAGCAACUGAGCAAGAGGGUGGGGUUUGGUUAUAUAUGUGGAGCCCUAGAUAAUUACGUAGCAAAUCAAGUUGCUUCAAAUCAUAUCCUAGCAAGUAGCUGGCAAGAUAACCCUACAAGAAAAGCAACUUGACGAAUUUGUCUCUCCUCUAGUCCUCUUCAGGUGAACGUUAUAUUAUACAUGAUGUAUCUUGAUAUGUUUAAGACAGUCACCUGACUCACCCAUAAUCAGCUAAAACCCACUACCUUUCAAAGAAAUAACUUAGGAUUUGAACCAAGGGUGGCGCAAGGGACUGAACUCUACAAGAAUCAAACUUGUUAGGAGGUGCUUACGACAAAAGUUAAGGGGAGGCACAUAAUUAAAAACAUAAUUCGGUGCUUCUAAUGCCAAAUUAAGCGUCUGAUUUUAGUUGUUGAUUGGGCUGUUCCGUGGGCUCCACGAAACGUGGCGCCUACGAUUGUUAUUUUUAGUUUUUUUUUUUAAAUCCCAAAAAAAAAAAAAAAUUUAAGCACCCCUAAUGAAGUGUUGGGAUAAAUGUGUUCUUAGGACAUUAUCGCCAGCGACAUGUAAGGUUUCUUAACUUUUUCUUCUUCUUAAAAUCGGACAAAAAACCAAUCGCAAACCAUCACGUGUCAGUGGGGCAUGCGAACAGUACAAGGACCAAACCAAUACGUUUCUUAUUUAAGGACUUUUCUUCUCGGUUUUGGUGUUUUUAUGGGUUCCGUCGCCUCCCCUCCCCUUAAGGACCUUGCAAUAAUCUUGCCCUUAGUGAAGUUAGUCACCAUCAGAGACAAAAAUCAAGUUGGCACAACUUGAAUGAGUCCUGACCAAAGAUCAUAACUUCUCCAUAAAUGGUUAAUGAAUUAAAAAUGGGGCCCACAGAGUAAACCAGAGAGACUUGUGAUACACAACCCAAGGCUGCCAAAACACAUGUGUUUAGGAUUCUUUUCUAUGCACAUACAAAUAUCAAAACUUUCCAUUAAGACAUCACCUCAGGUUGAGAGACUAUCUCAAACCGGAAAAUACCAAAGAGGACCGAAGAGACAAGGCAUUACAGAGGCAUCAGAAGGAGGCAGACACUUUCCUCAACUUGCACAUGCUAGUCAAAUCUAUUGUACAUUAAGAAUGAUCAUUUUUCCAUUACAUUUUUUUCUUUUUGACAAAUAAAGUCAUUCAAUUUACGUACAAAAACUCAAACAAUAAUGUAUAAACAUCAACAUUCUACUUGUGUGGUCGUGUGUGUAUGUGUGCACACAUAAGUGGUAACGGAAAACACAAUGAUGCAUGUUAAUUGACGAGUUUAGAUUUGCAACUUGUAACCUUUUUUCUAUUUAAUUAGAUGUGAUCUCCACUCCUUAAUAGCAGAAAGAAGAGACUGAUUAGGAAGAAGAGUUUGGUUGGUGAAGGGCAUAUCCGUCAUUGGAGAUUUAUGAUUCUUCUCAAACCAUUCCAUAAUGGC